ACAGACACACAUCGCUGUGUUUGAGCAAAAGUUUCUGUUUCGCAAGCUGUUCAUUUUUCAGUGUACUUAUGACUGUGAGUCUCUAUAAUCGCUGCCAUGGUAACAUAACGAGUUUAUUUAUAAUAAUAAUAAUAAUAAUAUUGCGGUUAUGAGAGGAAUGCCUCUGCGCUGUGUUCCGUAUUUCUCCUCCCUGUAGCGUCCAAAUAAUUGAAUAUCAGCGAAAAACUGCGUUAUUAUUAUUAUUAUUAUUAUUAUUAUUAUUUAGCAGACGCUUUUAUCCAAAGCGACCAGCGGGGUGAACACUGCAUCAUCAACAACUGCUGCUGCAGAGUCACUUCCAAUAGGAGCUCGUUUGUUUGACGUCUCAUCCGAAGGACGGAGCACAAGGAGGUGAAGCGACUCGCUCAGGGUCGCACGCACGCACACACACACGCAGGGAGUCAGUGGCUGCUGCAGAGUCACUUCCAAUAGGGGCUCGUUUGUUUUGUGUCUAUAUGAAGGAUGUUAGUGACACACAGCAGCAGGCGGAGCUCUGGAAACGGCAGAAAUCAAGGUGUUCUGAAGAUGGACUCUCCUCUGGUGACUGAAGAGCCCCUCAGCGUCUCCGUUAAAGAGGAGGACAGUGAAUUGGGAUGUGAUAACGAAGCGCUUCUCAUCCAGAUGGAACAGGACUGUGUGUUUCCUGCUGUCAGUGUUAAAGAGGAGCCGUGUGAUGAUGACAUUGCGGAGGAACUCGCUGAUCUGGGGUGCGUGCGCGUGGUGGGGGAGGAAGAGGAGGAGGAGGAGGAGGAAUCUCUCCACGUGAACCCCGCGCUUUUCAACAAGGAAGGAGCCACGCCUCCAACCAGCGCUGACACACCGGACGCAGAACAGGAGCGGAGAAGCAUCCCGAACUCCGUACACGACCCUUCUUCCCCGACCCCCAGACCGGUCCGGGACGGGGCGUCCCCGAAAAAGGUUCCCCCGGUUUUCCCUUGCGACGUCUGCGGGAAGAAAUUCGGCCAGUCGCGCGGGCUGAAGAUCCACCAGCGGGUUCACACUGGCGAGUGCCCGUACUGCUGCCCGGACUGCGGGCGGCAAUUCAGCCAGCUGGAGAACCUGAAGAGGCACCGGAGAGUCCACACGGGGGAGAAGCCCUUCUCCUGCCCGGACUGCGGCAAACGCUUCCGGGAGUCGGGAUCAGCGAAGGUCCACCGCCGCACUCACACCGGAGAGCUCCCGUACCGCUGCGCGACCUGCGGAAAAGGCUUCGGACAGAGCCAGCAGCUGAGGUCCCACGAGCGAAUCCACUCCGGAGAGAGGCCGUACCGCUGCCCGGACUGUGGGAAAACCUUCAAGAGCCCGGGGCACCUCCGCUCGCACCGGAAGGUCCACUCCGACCCGGGGGAGUCCCGGUUCUGCUGCCCCGAUUGCGGGAAAGCCUUCCGCCACUCGGGGAAUCUCCAGACCCACCGGAGGACUCACUCCGGGGAAAACCCGUACCUGUGCGCCGUCUGCGGGAAACGCUUCAAUGCCUCGCAGAAUCUGAAGCGACAUUCCCGGAGCCACACCGGGGAAACCCCGUACGGGUGCGGGGACUGCGGGAAGAGCUUCCGGGACUCGGGAUCCUUGAAGACCCAUCGGAGGAGUCACACUGGAGAAGCCCCGUACGGGUGUCCCGAUUGCCAGAAGAGUUUCAAAGACCCCGGGUCGCUGCGGAAACACAAGCGGGUGCACAGCGGGGAGACCCCGUACAGCUGCCCCGAGUGCGGGAAGAGAUUCAAAGAGUCGGGGUACCUCCGGAAACACGCCCGGGUUCACAGUGGAGAGACCCCGUAUCGCUGCACCGGCUGCCCCAAGAGCUUCAAGGAAUCCGGGGCUCUGAGGACGCAUCUCCGAAUCCACACGGGAGAGACCCCGUAUCGGUGCGUCGCCUGCGGGGAGAGCUUCGUCUACAGCUACCAGCUGAGAGGACACGCCUGCCAGCCGUGAAGCAGGAAGCUGGCUGGACUCCGCCCGGCCCUGCCAGGGUUAUCCUCGCCCCGGCUGCUUUGAAAAACGAAUGGAAAAGUUUAGGAUCCUCUUGUAAAUUCACCCGCGGGAUCUAAGAAGCGGCGAGUUUUCGCUAAAAAUUUUUUAGGAGACUAAAAUUGCGUGGAGCGUCGCAGUUCCGGGUUCCUGCGGACUCAGAGCUCCUGUUAAACAGCGGAAGGGAUCAUGUCGCUCGGGCUGAUAAUCGGCCUUUGCUUCAGCCCGUGAAGACCUUCUCUGAAGCCGCGCUGCCCCAGGGCCCGCGGGUGCGUUCGAGUGAAGACGCUGAACCAUGCUGCAGGAGGUCUCCAGCGCCUGUCCUGGGAGUGCAGUUCUCUGCUCCUCCCCGGUCCGCGGCGUCCCGGCUCCUGCACGCUCUUCAUGGCUCGGCUGUGUUUCUGUGUUUUUCAGCCAAUAAAAGGUCCUGGAUCUCGG